AUGGCGUCUUCUACAGUGCAACAGGAAAAAUUGGAUUGUUCUGAACAUGGAAACAGACCUUGCUCAGAAAAUGAGAGGGCACUGGGCGUCCCAGCCGCCGUGUAUUCGUUUACGGCGGGAACCAUAUUCAUCACGGUGUUUGGCAAUCUUGCCAUGAUAAUUUCCAUUUCCUACUUCAGGCAGCUUCACACACCAACCAACUUCCUCAUCCUCUCCAUGGUGGUCACAGACUUCCUCCUGGGGUUCAUCAUCAUGCCAUACAGUGUGAUCAGAUCGGUGGAGAACUGCUGGUAUUUCAGGCUUACAUUUUGCAAGAUUCAUUAUAGUUUUGACAUGAUGCUUAGCAUAACGUCCAUUUUCCAUCUUUGCUCCGUGGCCAUUGAUACAUUUUAUGCUUUCUGUUACCCUUUGCAUUAUUCCACCAAAAUGACGGUUCCAGUCACUAAACGGUUGCUACUUCUCUGCUGGUCAGUCCCCGGGGCAUUUGCACUCGGAGUGGUCUUCUCAGAGGCCUACGCUGAUGGGAUAGAAGGCUAUGAUAUCUCGGUGGCUUGUUCCAGUUCCUGCCCAGUGAUGUUCAACAAGCUACGGGACACCAUCUUGUUUAUGGCGGAUUUCUUCACGCCUGGGUCUAUGAUGGUGGGGAUUUAUGGCAAAAUUUUUGCUAUCACAAUUAAACAAACAGUGACCACUCAGCAGUCAGCUUAA